GCAUCUGUUGUGCGUUCGAUCCAACACAAAAGGCACCCCGGUACGGUACGUGCUUCUUGCACCCGUUGCCAACGAGCGGCACUCGCAUGCGGCUGUCUCCGGGCGUCCGAGGCGUCCUUUUCGUGGCGCUGGCACUCUCCUCCGGCGGCAGGGACUCUAGCGUCUCGGGGUUUGUGCGUACGCCAACGAAAACAGCGACAAUGCCAACACUUCCCGGUCGCGAGCCGCGAAAGGGGCGGCGGGCCCGCCGGUGUGCCAAAGCGGAGGGAAAAAAAAACCUCCUGGUCGUCGACCGCGGGGAAACGGUCCCCGAAGAGGAGUGGAUCCGGCGGAUGCUGGAGCACCUUUCCAGAGACGGACACCGCCUGGUGGCCGGCAAGCGGAUCGUGCUGGUGGCGAGCUCCCGGUCGGCCCCCCCCUCGUCCCGGAAGGGUCAAAAACAUUCCACUGCGUCCCUGUGGGUGUCCCGCCUCGCGUCCCGCGCCAAGAGCCUCUGCCUCGUGGUUUCCGAGCAGGAAGAAGAAGACGAAGAACAACAACAACAACAGCACGGCUUGCGAGACGGUUCCGAAAACGGCGGUUCCUCCGCCGGGGGGGCCGGUCCCUGUUCGAUCCUUUGGAGGAACACGGAGGUGGUGGGAUCCACCGAGCUGGAGGACCUCCUCCGAAAGGCGGGCGAAGGAGGAGACAAGGCCAUCGACGCGAUCGUUCUGUCGACCACCAGCGCAGAGGUCGUCCACAACGAUCCCUUUGUGAACGACUUUCUCCGGCGGACCGAUGCCCCGAUCCACAUGAGCUCGGACUGCGCGGACGGCUUUUGCUACUACUCGAGGCUCCAGGAGGGGGCAAACAUUGUUCUGUGGUGAUGUGACGGAAAGGCCGCGGUGCCGUGCCGGUGGCCACGGCCUCGUGCGCAGGCAGCCAUGCAAUGCAAUGCAACGCAACGCAACGCAACGCAACGGCCCGUUUUAUUCCUUCCCUCGAGCGGGCGGAAAGGCCAUCCUUUACCCCUUAAUGUAAGGAUUAGAACACUUGUCUUGUGAGCGCGAUUGGUUGGAUAUUGAUGAAGAACUAAAGAGGUGACAGCUUGCUAUGCUGGAGGUUGUGUUAAUUUUUUUCUAAAUUUUUUCGGUGAGCAGAGAAAUCAAGAAGCCCGAAAAGGUUUUUGAAAAAAAAACACCCAGCAAUGUGCACAUCUAUGCGAAGAGAAAAGAAAACCCUUUCCGACCGACGGUUGCGGUUCGUGGCCGGACCGAAGAUCGAUCCACGGCGGUCCUUUUUCUGCUUGCUUUUCGCACCGCUUGCGGGCUGGGUGUGUGCCAAGCAUCGGCCGCAAAACCGCAUGGCUUGGAACCUUGCCUGCCUUCUGCGGCCUUUUGCGCAGUUUCUUGGAUGCGGGUGGAGAGACGGUGGUUGCACUGUACGAGUGCUACUCGCAUCAACGUGUUCCCGCGGCUUGAAAGAAAUCAAACUAGAGACCAUCGUCAUUGUACGGUGCUCGUAAGAAUUUGUUGCCAUGGCUUCAUAGAUAUUGUUUCAUGUUUUUUUUUUGCUUUCGACCCUGUGGGAUUCCGAUGACGGCAACGUACGCUGAACUAAGAAUAAGAGAAAACACAAUAAAUAAAACGUAUGUUU